GUGAAUUCCCUUCGUUUUCAAUUAUGACAAAGAUGAUGACAUAAGGAGACUGAUAUAUACCAUCAUCAUCACAUGUUGAAUUCUUUACCAGAUACUGCGUAUGUUAGUAAAGGUUUGGGAAAUAUGAUAGCACUAUUGAUAUUCAUGUUAGUGUCUCUUAACUGUGUGUACGCUACAUGCAAUUACCAUGGAACUGUACACCAACUGGGAACGAGUUUUGAUGCCAUUGACGGAUGUAAUAUUUGUUUUUGUAAGACACACGGUAUAUCAUGUACUGAAAAACAUUGUAUGAAUCCGCCUGCUGAUAAAAGAUGAUACUUUGUGUACCAAAACGGAUUUCAUAACAGCAAUACAUGAACCUUGUAUAUCUAUCAAAGAUACUAUCUAUCAUUAGAUAAUGAGAAUAGG